AUGAAUUUCCGCAACCUUUUCCUGUCUCUUUUCUUGGUCAUUGCCGUUGGCAUCGCCCUGGUCCAGGCUGAGGACGCCAGGCCCCGUGGUCCUAAGAUCACCAACAAGGUCUUCUUCGAUAUUCAGCAUGGCGAUGAGCCCCUCGGUCGCAUUGUGAUGGGUCUUUACGGCAAGACUGUCCCCCAGACUGCAGAGAACUUCCGUGCUCUCGCCACCGGCGAGAAGGGCUUCGGCUACCAGGACUCGACUUUCCACCGUGUCAUCAAGGAUUUCAUGAUCCAGGGUGGUGAUUUCACCAAGGGCGAUGGCACCGGUGGCAAGUCUAUCUAUGGUGACAAGUUCCCCGAUGAGAACUUCAAGAUCCGCCACACUCGUAAGGGUCAAUUGAGCAUGGCCAACGCCGGCAAGGAUACCAACGGUUCCCAAUUCUUCAUCACCACCGCCAUCACCUCGUGGCUCGAUGGCAAGCACGUCGUGUUCGGCGAGGUCCUCGAGGGCUACGAUAUUGUCGACAAGAUCCAGAACGUCCCCAAAGCCCGCGGCGACAAACCCAUUGACGCUGUCAAGAUUGUCAAAAGUGGCGAGCUCGAGAUGGAGAAGGAAUCUGAGGACAAAGAAUACGACGACAACGAACCCCAAGUCAACACAGAAGUUCCUGUUGAGGAGACCGAUGCCUCCUCAUACUCGAUGCGCCCGAUUUGGUUCCUGCUGGCGAUUGUUAUCGUGGUGGGCAUUUACCUUGUUCGCCGCAACAACCAGCAGCGUGAAAUGAAGGAGUUUGAAGCUUAG